UACCCAUAUCUCUUUGCGCUAGGGUGUUUGGAAUGGUAGUUUGUUUCCCAUGUUCAGUCCCCUUUGAAUUGUUUCUUAUAUGUAGAGUUUUGUAAUUUUUUUUUUAAUUUACAUUUUUAAAGACCUGAUUUUAUAAGCCAUGGGAGUUCCGGCAUUUUUCCGUUGGUUAAGUCGCAAAUAUCCCUCUAUCGUUGUACAUUGUAUGGAAGAAAAGCCGAAAGAAGGAAAAAAUGGUGCAAAAAUUCCUGUAGAUACGAGUAAACCUAAUCCGAAUGAAGUAGAAUUUGAUAAUCUGUACUUGGACAUGAAUGGCAUCAUCCACCCUUGUACUCAUCCAGAAGACAAGCCAGCACCUAAGAAUGAAGAUGAAAUGAUGGUAGCAAUCUUUGAAUAUAUUGACCGUCUAUUUAACAUUGUAAGACCACGGCGGCUUCUGUACAUGGCAAUAGAUGGUGUAGCACCCCGUGCUAAAAUGAAUCAACAGAGGUCUAGAAGAUUUAGAGCAUCUAAAGAAGGAGUGGAAGCAACAGAAGAAAAAAAUGUUGUCCGCGAGAGGAUUCUGGCCCAGGGAGGAUACCUUCCUCCAGAAGAACACAAGGAAAGAUUUGAUAGCAACUGUAUUACUCCAGGAACUGAAUUCAUGGAUAAUCUUGCGAAGUGUCUACGGUACUACAUUGCUGAUCGCAUAAAUAAUAAUCCUGGAUGGAGAAAUCUAACAGUUGUUCUGUCAGAUGCCAGUGUACCAGGUGAAGGCGAGCACAAAAUAAUGGAUUACAUUAGAAGGCAAAGAGCUCAGCCAAACCAUGAUCCAAACACCCAUCAUUGUUUGUGUGGCGCAGAUGCUGAUCUUAUUAUGUUGGGGCUGGCCACUCAUGAGCCUUACUUCACUAUAAUCAGAGAAGAAUUUAAGCCAAAUCAAGUUAAGCCAUGUGGUCUGUGUAAUCAGCCUGGUCAUGAAGUGAAGGACUGUGAAGGCUUGCCAAGGGAGAGGCAAGGAGAGUUUGAUGAGUUUGCAAAGACUUCCCUUCCAGCUGAAGAACAGCAAUUUAUUUUUAUUCGACUGACUGUUUUGAGGGAGUAUUUACAAAGAGAGCUGACCAUGUCCAGCUUACCAUUCCCCUUCAGUUUUGAAAGAAGCAUUGAUGACUGGGUUUUUAUGUGUUUCUUUGUGGGAAAUGAUUUUCUACCUCAUUUACCAUCUUUGGAGAUCAGGGAGGGGGCAAUCGAUCGACUGGUUGGAAUAUAUAAAAAUGUAGUGCAGAAGACUGGAGGGUACCUCACAAGCAGUGGUUAUGUUAAUCUCGAGAGAGUGCAGAUGAUUAUGCAAGCAGUUGGGGAAGUUGAAGACAGCAUUUUCAAGAAGAGAAAAGAAGAUGAUGAGAGCUUCAAAAGAAGGCAAAAGGACAGAAAAAAACGAAUGAAAAGAGAGGCUGGUCAAAUGCCAAGGGGGCAGUUUGCACCGCAAGCUUUGGGAAGAAGAGGCCAAGGAGGUCCCUCACCUGCGCAGAACCCACGGAGAGCUGCUUAUGAAAUGAGAAUGCAGAAUAUGGGGAAUCACAAUGCCAGUUCCUGUUCAGAAAAUUCUCAAAGGGGAGUGAAGAGGAAAAAUGACAGUGACAGUGAACCUGAACCAGAGGAUAAUAUCAGGUUAUGGGAAGAAGGAUGGAAGCAACGUUACUAUAAGAACAAAUUUGAUGUUGAUGUGUCUGAUCUGAAAUUCCGCUGGAAGGUUGUACAGUCAUACGUUGAAGGGCUUUGUUGGGUUCUCAGAUACUACUAUCAGGGUUGUGCUUCAUGGAAGUGGUAUUUUCCAUUCCACUAUGCUCCAUUUGCCUCCGAUUUUGUUGGCAUUGCCGAUUUGCCUACAGAGUUUGAGAAGGGCACACAGCCGUUCAAGCCCCUGGAACAGCUGAUGGGAGUAUUUCCAGCUGCAAGUGGCAAUUUCCUACCCGAAACAUGGAGGAAACUGAUGUCUGACCCGGACUCUCCCAUCAUUGACUUUUAUCCCGAUGAUUUUGCUAUUGAUUUAAAUGGCAAGAAAUAUGCUUGGCAAGGUGUUGCCUUGUUACCAUUUGUUGAUGAACGCAGACUGCGAGCUGCUCUAGCAGAUGUAUACCCUGACCUCACUUCUGAUGAGUGUAGAAGAAAUAGUCUGGGUAGUGAUGUGCUCUUUGUUGGACCGAACCACCCACUUUAUGAUUAUAUCUUCGAGCUGUACAACUCAAACACAGAGGGUGUUGGUAUCCCACCUGAGCUAUGCCAUGGAAUAGAUGGAACACUGACUUUGGAGGAUGAUCCUGUUCUUCCAAACAAACCAGUCGAGUCUCCUAUUCCACUCUGCAAGGAUUUAAUUCACAAUGCUUCAGUUAACAUUCGAUUUAAAGACCCACAAUUUCCAGAGGACUACAUUUUUAAAGCCGUAGUUUUACCCGGAGCAAAUAUACCGCCCCCAACAUUGAAACCAAGUGACUUUAUGUCUGCUAAUCAUGAAAGACCUUGGAGACCCCAGCUUGGCUUUAAUCCAGACAGAAAGCAAGUUCAUUUGGAUCAGUCAGCAUUCAGGACUUUAGGUCAUUCAGUGCGGCUAGACAGAUCACUUCUGGGAAGUGGCAUUUACAGCAGUGCUCCUCCACCUUCUGAUUCAUAUAACAGAGGAGGAGAAUCACGCAGGGGAUCUGCAAGAGCACCUCAGUCAGUUCCUAUGCCUUUAUUAUCUAGGCCUCAGGACUUGUGGCGUGAUUCUCAAUCCGCUUAUAACCGAGGACCUCCUCUCAGAAAUUAUCUUGAGGAUGCUCCAUCUUGGAAUCGGAUGGCACAGUCCUUGAUAUCUGCAUACCAGCAAAGACUAGGAUAUAGUGGCGCCAGCAGUUACAGUAGGAGACAUGAUGAUCAGUGGGAUCGAGAUGAUCAACGGGACCAUGCAGACAGAUCGAGACAGGGUUAUAACUCUGGGAGACACUAUCCUUUGCCACCUCCUUCUGGAAGGUACAACUGGAACUAGAAUUCAGAGGAGCCUUGCUACGCUGUGUCGUCACCUUAUAGUGUCUGUCAUUUUUAAUGUCAUCUGUUUUUAGAAGUUUAACAAAUUUGCAGGUCUUUUUUAAUGGCAAAAAAUGUUUAUGUAUUUUGUGGUGGUUCUUAGUUAAAAAUUUUGCAUUGCCAUUUAUUUUUAUUGGAUGACUAACUUUAAUAGAAGUCAGUCCAUUGUAAACCAUAACAAGAUUAAGUAUGUUACAUGUGUAGUCUAUAUUGUAUAGGCUAUUAAAAGUGAAUUUCGUUUCCUGUUUUCCACAGACUUUUUGAUUCAUUGAAAUGGACUCCACCUUCAGUUAUAUUCCCCAAGCAUAACUGCAUUUUUCUAGACUCGUGCAGUACAUCACUUGCAGCUAAUUUUUAUAAUUUCAGUGAAUUAUACUAGCCAUUCGUCUGAAAUAUUUUCCUGACACCAUGUGCUUACAAUUAAUUGCUGGAUUUUCGGGGGGGGCCACUACAGUGAUGUGAUUUCAUAAUAAUUAGCAUGUAGUAUACAGAUGUUUGCCUGAGCAUUGUGUAACUGCUUAUUUAGAGGUUAAUUCAUGAAUGGUGUAUACCAAAAGGUUCCACAGUGAAACUGUGGUUUGACAUAAUUUUGAUGUGCAUUUAUUGAUUUGUUGGCAAAUUAUGCUGUUCGGCAUAAUAUACAUGGAUUACUUUAUGCUGCUGGAUAAUUGACUUAUUGUUAAACACUGCCACCUGCACAAUCGGAUGUACCUUUUGAUGCUUUUAAAAUGAUUUCAGAGGCAAAUAUGCUGUGUAUACCUGUGAUGUUUUUUUUUAAUAAACAUUACUUUAGGCAUCACUGUAA